AUGGCCGUGUUUUCCAAACCCUCUAUCCUCGCCCUGGGCUUAGCCCUAACCCCCCUCAUCGCCGCCGGGCCCUGCGAUAUCUACUCGUCCGGCGGCACCCCCUGCAUCGCAGCCCACAGCACCACCCGCGCCCUAUACAGCUCCUACAACGGCCCCCUCUACCAAGUCAAGCGCGCCUCUGACAGCUCCACGACAACCAUCACCCCGCUGUCUGCAGGAGGGGUCGCCAACGCCGCAGCCCAAGACACCUUCUGCGCUGGCACAACCUGCCUGAUCACAAUCAUCUACGACCAAUCCGGCAACGGCAACGACCUGACCCAAGCACCGCCGGGCGGGUUCAGCGGCCCCGACGUAAACGGGUACGACAACCUUGCCGGCGCGAUCGGAGCCCCCGUCACCCUUAACGGCCAAAAAGCCUACGGUGUCUUCGUCUCCCCGGGCACCGGGUACCGCAACAACGAGGCCGUCGGGACCGCAGUCAACGACGAAGCAGAGGGGAUGUACGCCGUGCUGGACGGAACACACUACAACGACGGGUGCUGCUUCGACUACGGCAACGCCGAGACAAACAGUCUGGACACUGGCAACGGGCACAUGGAGGCCAUCUACUUCGGCACGAAUACGGCGUGGGGGUCUGGUGCUGGAAGCGGGCCGUGGCUCAUGGCUGAUCUUGAGAACGGGCUGUUCUCCGGCCAGAGCAGCGACUAUAACUCCGGUGAUCCGAGCAUCUCUUACCGCUUCUUCACUACGAUUCUCAAAGGUGGUCCGAACCUGUGGGCUCUUCGUGGCGCGAAUGCGGCGAGCGGUUCGCUCUCGACGUACUAUAGUGGUGUCCGCCCGACCGAUCAGUCCGGGUAUAACCCCAUGAGCAAGGAGGGUGCGAUCAUCCUUGGUAUCGGCGGUGAUAACAGCGUCAGUGCGCAGGGGACAUUUUACGAGGGAGCCAUGACGGACGGGUACCCGACCGAUGCAACCGAGAACGCGGUGCAGGCGAAUAUCGUGGCUGCAAAGUAUGCGACGACCUCGCUGACCAGUGGGACGGCACUCUCAGUUGGCUCUUCGGUCUCGCUGAAGGUGACAACAUCCGGCUACGACACGCGGUAUCUCGCGCACACCGGCUCAACCGUCAACACGCAGGUCGUCUCCUCGUCGUCCAGCACAGCCCUCAAGCAACAAGCCAGCUGGACCGUGCGCACUGGUCUCUCCAGCACGGCCGCAGCAAAUGGGUGUGUCUCAUUCGAGUCCGUCGAUACACCCGGUAGCUACAUCCGGCACGCCAACUUCGCGCUCUUGCUCAACGCGAAUGAUGGGACGAAGCUGUUUGCUGAGGAUGCGACGUUCUGUCCGCAGAGUAGCUUUAAUGGCGAUGGGACCAACAGUGUUCGAGCUUGGAGCUACCCGACGAGAUACUGGAGGCACUAUGAGAAUACGCUCUAUGUUGCGAGCAAUGGUGGUGUUAAUACGUUUGAUGCGAGCACGGCGUGGACGGAUGAUGUUAGUUGGGUUGUUGGGAGUGGGUUUGCCUAG